AUGGCUAAUCUGGACCUCAACGUGCCCAUAAACUGGGAUGAGGUCGACGGGCAGUACGAUGGUGAUGCGGCUGACCUGCAGUAUGUGUACGUCUUCGAAGAGAGCGACGACGCCACCAAUCUUGAACCGUGUCCUCAAAAGUGCGUGUCCUCAUGGCGCCAGGUCAGCGGGAUCCCCAACCCUAGCCCGGCGACCGUCCGCGCGGGAUCAGCGGCGGCAGCGGCGAUGGCGUCGUUCUCGGAGGCGCCCCCCGGGAACCCCGCGGCCGGCGAGAAGAUCUUCAAGACCAAGUGCGCCCAGUGCCACACCGUCGACAAGGGCGCCGGCCACAAGCAAGGGCCUAACCUGAAUGGUCUGUUUGGGAGGAAGUCUGGCACAACUGCUGGAUACUCUUACUCUACGGCCAACAAGAGCAUGGCUGUGGUUUGGGAGGAGAAAACACUGUAUGACUACCUGCUUAAUCCGAAGAAGUACAUCCCUGGAACUAAGAUGGUGUUCCCUGGACUGAAGAAGCCCCAGGAGCGUGCUGACCUCAUCGCAUACCUGAAGAGUGCCACAGCUUGAAAGGGCCUUGCUUUGCUGCCAUUGUCCUAAAAAGAUAAUAAAUAUAGAUAUCGCCACGGUGUCACUCUGGUUUAACGGGGUGCAUCGCCGGGACAUUUAAAGACUUUGGUACUAGCAUUUCUUCUUACGAUGGUUUGUUUUCUUCAGCAAAAUGCACUGCUAUAAUGGCCGUUUCUCAGGCCUGUUGUUGUUGGCGAUGAUCGUUUGUUUGGGCAGUAGAUCUCAAGUA